AGUGGACGGAGGGCGGGUGGCCAGCCUCGGGGAUCGGGUACUGCACUCGGGCGGGGAGCCAGCAGUGGGGUGCCCUCCUCUUCUUCCUCACACUCACGGCGUGCGCUGCCUCGGCUGCAGCUAAUAUCGAUCGCUGACGAGACGAGACGAGCGGACAGAGUCAGAGAGAGAAAUUGUAGGGAAAAAGAUGGUGUGUUGAGCAGUGCGCGCGAUGCAUCGGCUUGUCUGAUCAGCCCUCUUCCCUCCCUCUCUCUCUUUUCCUCCUGAUCGUACUUUUUCUCGACUCCUGACCACUCGGCUCGCCACGAUUGACGUCCUGAACGCACGGCAUGGAGAUCGAGAACAUCGUCGCGAACACUGUUUAUAUAAAGGCCAGAGAGAGUGGCGGGCAGAAGAAGGGUAAGAGCAAGAAGUGGAAAAAUUAUCUGCAGUUUCCUCACUACACUGAAUGUCUGCCCUUACGCUCUGAAAUCGAUGUCAGCUAUUCAUACAUCGUGGAGAAACAACCAAUUGGAAAGUUGUUGUUUCAUGAUUUCUGUGAAUCUACCGACAACCAGUACUAUCAUUCUUGUGUGUUUCUGAAUAAGGUCGAAGAGUACGAGACAUCCGAUGAUGACGUUCAGUGUCGGCGAAAGCUGGCACGAGCCAUUGCCGGUCUUCUUGCCCCUGGCGGUGAUACCCCCUCAUCGUCACAACAUGACCACAGCCCUUGGUGUUCAUUUCUGCCUGAAAACGUUGUUAAUUCUGUUCUUGCUGCUGCCGAUUCUGCCACACAUGACCAAGAGCCACGAACGGAUCUUUUUGCUGAGGCAUACAAAUUGGUUCGUGCUUAUCUGGCAGAUCAUCCCUUCAAACAAUUCCUCGAUUCCAUCCAAUUUUACCGUUACCUACAAUGGAAAUGGCUAGAAAAACGACCUGUUGAUAAGCACACGUUUAGGCUCUACAGAGUUCUUGGAAAAGGUGGAUUUGGGGAAGUGUGUGCAUGUCAGGUGCGGGCGUCUGGUAAGAUGUAUGCAUUGAAGAAGUUGGAGAAGAAGCGAGUGAAAAAGCGUCAUGCGGAAACGUUGAGUUUGAAUGAAAAGCAAAUUCUGCAACGGAUUAACUCCCCCUUUGUGGUCAGUCUCGCCUAUGCUUACGAAACAAAGGAUGCCCUUUGCCUUGUCCUCACAUUGAUGAACGGAGGUGAUCUAAAGUUUCAUUUGUAUAAUUUGAUGCCCGGUGGUUUCGAUGAAAAACGGGUACAGUUUUAUGCUGCUGAGAUCACUCUUGGUCUACAACAUUUGCAUAAGGAACGGAUAUUAUAUCGCGAUCUCAAACCAGAAAAUAUAUUAUUAGAUGAUUAUGGUCAUGUUCGGAUCUCUGAUCUCGGUUUAGCUGUUGAGCUGAAGGAUAAUGAACCUAUAAAAGGCAGAGUAGGGACAGUAGGCUAUAUGGCUCCUGAGAUUGUAAAAAAUGAACGAUACUCGUAUGGCGUUGAUUGGUGGGGACUUGGUUGUCUCAUAUACGAGAUGAUUGAAGGGAAAGCGCCAUUCCGGCAACGUAAAGAGAAGGUGAAACGAGAAGAAGUUGAAAGACGGGUACGGGAGGAUCAAGAAAAAUAUUCUGAUAAAUUUAGUGAAGCUGCUCGCACUCUUUGCAGAGGCUUGCUCCACAAAGAGCCGUCAUUUCGUCUGGGAUGUCGUCGGGUAAGCAAGCCGGAGGAAGGAGCCGAAGAGAUUCGAGCGCAUCCUUUUUUCAACACUGCUGAUGCUAACACAGGUCGAGAGCCCGUUCCUUGGAAGAAAAUGGAAGCUGGGAAGGUGACACCGCCAUUCUGUCCUGACCCUCGUGCUGUGUAUGCCAAGGAUGUUCUUGACAUCGAGCAGUUUAGCACGGUCAAGGGAGUCCGCUUGGAUGCUAAUGACACGCAGUUCUACGGAAAAUUCAACACUGGCUGUGUUAGCAUUCCUUGGCAAAACGAGAUGAUCGAAACGGAGUGCUUCCAAGAAUUAAAUGUGUUCUUCGAGGAAGAUGGCAGCUUGGUGCCGAGCCUGCGUGCCGAUGGUCAGGUGCAACUCGAUAAGAAGAACGGCUCAAGUAGUGCUGGAUUUUUCAGUCGUCUGUUCAAACGCAAGUGAUGUGCCUUCAAUCGUCUUUCCGUGAAUGUGUGCAAAAAACCUGCCCAGCUCAACGGCAAACAUUCGAAAUGUUCCAAUUGUCCUGGAAGUGCUGGAUGCGGAAACUGUAAGGUUGUCACGAUAGGAAGGAUGGCUGGCAAUGAUUUGUCAAUGUUUUGUUAGACAAUGAAGACGAAAGUUACACAUUUGAAGCUUCGGCUAUUAUCUAAUUAGCUCAUCUGCCGUCCAUUCGGUCACAAAAUCUCUGCACGAUCUGCAACAUGGUUGUGAUUCGCUGUCAGGUAACUGUGGCAGCGGCCGCCAAUUGCGUGCGUUGUCUGCGAGUGGCCGUCCAUCUAUGGCACCAAGUGCGCCAACUCCAGGACAGUCCUCCGAACAAACUACUAUGUGACGUUAUAUGACUCGCGCAAUAGUCUCCUCUUUCUUUCGCAUACUGCAGAUUGUUUGAAGUUUGUUUUGCCAUCUCUGGAUUCUCAGUUUUUGUUCAGUAGAUUUUAAGAUAUGUUUUUGCUAUUAUCAUGCUCAUUUGUUGCACUGUGGCUGUUUUUGUCUAUGUUGAAUCAAAUUCUAUUGUCAUGUCAUGCCGUCUCGUUGAUUUUGCCGUUUUUUAAGGAGUACUUUCUUCCUUCACUGCUUUUGUGUCUUAUUUAUUUCAAUAUAUCAGCGUAGUGUAGUGGUUAGCAGAUUAUCCGGUACACUCACUGCGCGGGUUCAACCCUCUUGUGUAUUUUCCACUUCUAGUCUUUGGCUUUUUGCAGUCGAGUUCUGCUUUAUCUCUUCUCUCUUUGUUGUAGUUCUUUAAUGCACUAUUUAUGUACUAUACCGAAAUUAUGCGUCGAUUUCAUUUUAAUUAUUAUGGGACCGUCAUUUUAUUGCCUUUCCAAGGCAAAUAAAGAAGUUUCAACUUCAUUUUUUU